AUGUUCCAACAGAUAGUAGAAAUAAUUUCCUGGCAGUCAUCGGAACAGGAUUUCAAAGAACGCAGUGUGUUCAGUCAACUGGAAAUAACGAUCCUCGAGACUGACCAUUACAAGCUCGAGCACACUUACACUCAAAACAGUCCUAGCUCUUACCAGAACUACUUCAGCCGCAGUGUAGAACGUGAUUCAACGAAGCAUGAAGUUCUGAGGGUCAAAGAGAAGAGAAAUAUGGUGCUGUUUGCUAAGAAAACAACAGGAUGA